UACAUAGAAUGACAGAAAUAAAUUUCCUGCUGUUUGAAGAAGUUAAAAUAACGCUGAUAUCCUUCCGCCGCUGUAGGGACUAUAUUCUCUUUCCGCUGCUGCAGCGCUGCAUCGACGCCCUGAUGAGUUAAUUGGCGACAGCUGUGCGCGUUCCCGACACACCUACAGCAGAAGAGGAGACACGAUGGUAAACAAAGCGGGUUGUUUUCGUGUUUUCAGUUAAACUCCGUUUGUCCGGAUCGCACGAGACGUUCACUGGUUUAUAUCCUCUUCGUUAAAUCGACUUUUUUACCAGAAAACAACAAACAAACUUUUUCUGCUGAAUUCUUUCUCCGGGAAACAACUUUCAGGUCCAGAUGGAGGACUGUCUACUCCGUGGAGACUCGUCUCGUCUGGUUUCUGUGCUCCAGUAUGAAGGACUGACCAGUACCACCCUCACCAAGCUUGACCAACUGGUUACCAAGAGUCUGUGUGGAUCCGGUUUCAGCAGAGUCCUGGUUGUGUUGAAGUCUUUAGAGAGUGUGUCUGAGAACAGAGAUGACCUGCAGACGCUGCUGGACCACGGCCUGACUGCAAAGGUGGUGUUGUGGUUUGAAGCUGUGCGUAACCUGCUGACCUCUGACCUCAAUAAAAGCUCCGCCCCCCUCCUAAGCCUGACUGAGGAGUUCUACGACUACUUCCUGCUGCUGGGUCAGGCCUCUCUACCAGUCAGCCAGCUGUCUGUGGUUCUUCUUCACUUGGCUCAGUUCUCUCUGGAACCAGAGAUCCACUUUCCACUGCGACUGGAGGCCAUCAGAACUUUUAACAGCGUCCUGGAGUCUCUGAGCCGAGAGCAGCGGAGACUGAUCCAGAACGACCUGAACCAGAACCACAUACUAUCACAGGUGGCAGAGGUGGUCCUGACAGUUGGAGACUACGAGCUACAGGUCAGCCUAUCAGAGGCUCUGUGUCGUUUGACACCCAGGAGGGACCGACAACAGAGAGCCAAUCAGUGGUUCUCCAUCUGUGACAUCAGCAAGGCUUUCUGUGACAUCAGAGAUGGAGACUUUGAGGUGGACUGCAGACGUUUCCUUAACUUUGUUAACUGUUACCGUGGCAACCAGAGAAGGGUCUACACCUUCCCCUGUCUCAGAGUGUUUCUGGACUCCACUGAGGUAAAACAUUUCACCUGUUACAUAAAAAUCACAAGUCACUUGACCACCUCAUGUUUUCUUCUUCUGCAGCUGUUUCGACCAAAAGACGAUAAACUGGACGAGUUCUGGAUCGAUUUUAACAUCGGCUCACAGUGUGUGAGCUUCUUCAUCGAUGACCCUCAGGGCUUCCUGUGGGGAUCCAUCCACCUGCUCAGAGAGGACAUUGAUCACUACAGUCUCCAGGUCAAACACGACGGAUGCACUGGAGCAGAGAUGGUCCUCAGCAUCCGCCUGAACAAUCCCAUCAUGCACCAUAAUAGCACAGGUCAGACAGUGGAGCUGAGCUUCAACUGUGAACAUCAGAGAGAGCUGGAGGAGGCUGCUGGGAGAGUCUUCAUGAAAGUGGAGAGCUCCCCCUGUGUUAAAGACACAGGUGGUACAGUCCAGCCCCCCCCUUCUGCAAACAGACAGGAUGGUAGAUCCUACAGCAGGAAGAAACCACAGGUGAAAAGUCACCUGAAGAUUCUGCCUCUGUCAUCUCCAAGCAGUGAGGAGGACUGCUCUGUGACACAGAAUCCAGGAAGAAGCCAAGCGGAGUUUCUGUUUGAUCGCAUCAGAAACUCGUCCCCCACCUACGACUCAGAUGUUCUUGUGGGGGCAGAGCUGGAGAUCUCACACGAACACACAGAGGAAUUUGGAGGAAGCAGCUCUUCUUUACAACAGGAAGUCUUCAGCAGUGGCAGGAAGAGAGCUUCAGACUCAGGCUACCUGUCAAGCCAAACUGAGGGUACAUCAGCUCAUAAGAGGAAGGUGGAGCCUCAGCCAGAGGGGGAGGAGUCUAACUCUGCCAUGACAGACUGCUCACCUGAGGGAGCAGGGCCAUCUGCAGAAGAGGAGGGGCUAAUCUGCAAAGGGGCGAGGUCAUAUGUAAAGGGUGAGGAGCCUGUGAAUGAGCUGGCGACGGAGCCAGAGUCAGACCUGACUUCAGGCAUCACAGCUGCCUUCAAAACCUUCAAAACACAACUAGAAGAGCACUUCACCGGCUGCUGGAAGAAGGUUGAGAACGAGGUUCUUCUGUCUCUGAAAGACUGUCAACAACACAUUUCAACGCUGCUCACAGCUGUCCAUCAACACAGGUUAUUGCUGCUGCAGAGGUUUGAGAGCAGCGUCACUGAUCAGCUGAUCCAACUAGAUGAAACCUCAACAAACCUGAACUCCACCAACACACAGAUUCUGAGUUUUUUCCAGUCUGAGAUCCAGAGACUGGGCUCCUUCUGUGACGAACACCUGCAGAGGUUGAAAUGUUUGGAGAAGGGAGAGUCUGAGGAUCCGUCCAGCCAAUGACAGAGAGAAGAGCAGGAAGAGACUUACAGAUGUUAAAAGAUCAGAUUUGUGAUCCCGUUUCAGUCGGACCAAGUCCAUGUCCGUAAGAGCAGAAAAUACUGAUCAGAUUCAGAACAGGACAAAAAAAAAAAACACAGCUGUUAUCGUUAACACUGUAACACACCAAACUUCAUUCAAAUGUCACUGGAUUUUGUGUUCUCAUGUUUCCACUUGAGUUAAAGGAUAAGAAAUGUUUCUAGACCAAACAAAUAAAGACAAACAAAAGAAAAAGUCAGUGAAUUCAGUUUUUUCGUUGCAUCAGCAGGUUACCAUGGUGACAGUUGGCUUACUGUGAGAGGGUGCAGCCUUAUGAGGUUAAUUAACAGAGGAGUUAACUAACUUUACCAAACCAUCCUGUUGUUCUUUGUACAUAAAGUUUUUCUCUUGUAAAACUGAAAAAUGCUGUUUUAAAACACUCCUGAUAAAACCUAAACCUCACCUUUAAAUAAAUCUCAUGCAGUAUCUUCUUC